AUGACUCCUCGUUUACUCGUCGCUCGUGGGUUAACCCCGCCCCACCGCACCGUCCCCAUGGGCGACCGUUCCCCCCUCUCCCGCAACGCCCACAUCAAGCCUCUCUUCCGCACCACCGCCACCCACGUCCCGUCGUCCUCCGCCUCGUCCCUCGUUAUCCUUACCUUCUCCGUCCUGGCCUUCGUACUGCUCGUCGUCCUCACGCUCUUCCCCGGCGCCUUCACCAGCCUCGCCAAGAACCGCGCUCCGCGCUCCGCGCCUUCCCACAUCUGGCCGCCGCCGCCGCACAAACCCGCGCCCCCUGCCUUCAUCCCGCACCCGCCGGACAAGUGCCACUUCUACGCCGCCGCCGGCCCGUCCUGGCGCUUCAACUCGCGCGCGCUCUGCCUCUCCUCGUCCCUCUGCCUCAACCUCUCCUCCCCCGCCGCCCCGCACCGCAUCGCCGCCUUCCUCCCGUCGUCGCCGCCUUCCGCCACCGUGUGCCAGCUCUCCACCUCGCGCUUCGCCUCGGCCUUGCCGUGGGCGGACCGCCCUCCUUCCUCGGACACGUGCCAGGGCCUGCAGCGCGAGCUCGUCUCCUGCGCGCACGGCCCCGGCCUCAAGCGGAACGGCCCCCAAUGCCCGCUCAUCUCCGCCGCCCCCGCCGCCUCCGGCCGCGCCGCCUGGCUCGAGCAUCUCACCCUCGUCGUCCCGAGCUACCCGUACCCGGCUAACAUCUACCACUACGGCAACGUCCUCGCGUCGGUCGCCCACGUCGCCGGACAUCUGCAGGCGCUGCUCGAGGACUGGGGCCUGGGCCAUGUGCACGCGCCCGGCGGCGCCGCCGCCCCGUACUUUGCGGACGGCAUCGCCCGCGUCACUAGGGUUAACGUCUUGUUCGAGGGCUCGCGGAACACCAAUGCAUGGCAGGCUAAGCUCCUGGAGAUGCUGUGGACCCACCGCUUGCAGAAGGGCGGCGUCGAGGUUGAGACCAUCUACCUGCCGGAGUGGGGCGCCGACGAACAGCUUUGCGUGCGGAAUGCCGUCGUGCUGGGGAGGAGGGGGAGCGUUAAUGUCUGGUUCUUUCCGAACGCUACGAGCGUCCCGCUCGACGGCCUGGCUGUGCCGGCGGACGCCGUCGAGUUUAAGAGGGCCGUGUACAAGGGCGUCAGUGUCGAAGCGAGGUUGCCAGAGGUCGAUGCCGUGCGCGUGGCGGAGCUCCCGCCGCUGGUGCUCGGGUACGCGCGCAGGCUCGGUGCGCAGGACGCUAAGGGCGGGAAUGUACACUUGGUCGGGACUAAGCGCCGGUUUAGCGACGAUGAUGAGGCGUGGUUUGUGGAGAUGCUUCGGAACGAGACGGACGCCAGCGGCGUGAAGCUGCACAUGUUUACCACGUCAGCAAAUGACAGCCUGGCGGAGCAGGUGCGGAACAUCGCCGGCGUGGGUUUUGUCGUGGGUAUUCACGGCGCCAACUUGGUCAACGCCGUCUUCAUGCACCCGUUCGGUGCCCUGUUGGAGAUCUUCCCCGGGAACGCCGACUCGCCGUGCUAUAUCGCCGGCUCCAACUCAGGACUUGCGUACUACCGCCACACGUCGACGGAGGAGGCGACGCCCGCGGAGACUGGCUGCUCGCUGGAGGACCGCAUCUGCCAGAAGAAGACAAGGCAACGCCUGGUCAAGAUCGGACGCGCAGAGGAUCGCGAGGCCGUGAGGGGACAUGUGAAGAUGGGCUUGCGUCAUUUGACUGCACUGCAUCAAAAGUAUCCAGGCGGCGUCCCUGUUACGUACGACGAGAAGAGCGACUAUUAUUACGGCCAUACCCCGCUUGUAACAAUUACUUUAUAUGAAGUAGAGAAACAACAAAUGAAAAUACCAACCACGGGCAAUCUGUCAACACGCUUCUACUGCCGCUGGCCGAGAAUAUGUAUCGUACUGGCAGAAGAAGCUUGCUGCACCGCGCUCGAUAUUUCCGUGUCUAGUGUCUAUUGGACCAUUGUCCCCAUAUGA